CCCUGAACCACCAGCUAAGUCAGCAGGGAGCAAGUAGAACACGACUUGGCAAGAGAACACACACAAAUCAACGAGUAAUAGAAACAGCAAACGCCCUCACUACUCCAGGAAGCCACUCUGGACUGCCCAGCCGUCUGGCCUGUUACUGGCUCUGCUGGUGGGUGCAGGGUUUUCCUGUAGCUUUGGAGCCUGUCCUGGAACUUGUGCUGUAGACUAAGUUGGCCUUGAACUCACAGAGAUCUGCUUGUCUCUGCCUCCGGAUGUGCGGAGAUGAAAGGGCGCACACUGCCACCGCCUGUCCCACCGGAAGUUCUCUGCCCCUCGACAUGGACACCUGGGCUUCCUGCCCCACAAGAGGAGCCGGAGGCACAGGGGCAAGGUGAAGAGCUGGCCACGGGAUGACCCCAGCCAACCUGUGCAUCUCACGGCUUUCCUGGGCUACAAGGCUGGCAUGACCCACACCCUUCGAGAAGUGCACCGCCCUGGACUCAAAAUUUCCAAACGAGAGGAGGUAGAAGCUGUGACCAUUGUGGAGACACCACCGCUGGUGGUGGUGGGCGUGGUGGGCUACGUGGCCACUCCUCGAGGUCUUCGGAGCUUCAAGACCAUCUUUGCGGAACAUCUCAGUGAUGAGUGCCGCCGACGCUUCUACAAGGAUUGGCACAAGAGUAAGAAGAAGGCUUUUACCAAAGCCUGCAAGAGGUGGCGAGAUGCCGACGGCAAGAAGCAGAUCCAGAAGGACUUUGCCGCCCUGAAGAAGUACUGCAAGGUCAUUCGGGUCAUUGUCCACACCCAGAUGAAGCUGCUGCCCUUUCGGCAGAAGAAGGCCCACAUCAUGGAGAUUCAGCUGAAUGGUGGUACCGUGGCUGAGAAGGUGGCCUGGGCUCAGGCACGGCUGGAGAAGCAGGUGCCUGUACACAGUGUGUUCAGCCAGAGUGAGGUCAUUGAUGUUAUUGCUGUGACGAAGGGCCGGGGUGUUAAAGGGGUCACUAGCCGCUGGCAUACCAAAAAGCUGCCAAGGAAGACCCACAAAGGCCUGCGCAAGGUGGCCUGCAUUGGUGCCUGGCACCCUGCCCGAGUAGGCUGCUCCAUUGCCCGGGCUGGGCAGAAGGGUUACCACCAUCGUACAGAGCUGAACAAGAAGAUCUACCGAAUUGGCAGGGGGCUGCACAUGGAAGAUGGGAAGAUGGUUAAAAACAAUGCAUCCACCAGCUAUGAUAUCACUGACAAGUCUAUCACACCCCUGGGUGGCUUCCCCCACUAUGGGGAAGUGAACAAUGACUUCGUCAUGUUAAAGGGCUGCAUUGCAGGCACCAAGAAGAGGGUGAUCACACUGAGGAAGUCCCUCCUAGUGCACCACAGCCGCCGAGCUCUGGAGAAUAUCGAACUCAAGUUCAUUGACACCACUUCCAAGUUUGGCUAUGGACGCUUCCAAACAGCGCAGGAGAAGAGAGCCUUCAUGGGCACCCAAAAGAAGCAUCUGGAGAAAGAGAAGCCGGAGACCUCGGGAAACAUAUAAGAUGCCUGGAAUAGAGCACACUAGGGAGUGCUUCUGCUGCGCGUCCUGUCGUUUUUAUCUAAUAAAGUCCUGAGGAAACUCUUAAGCCUGGGUCAGAGGGUUGCAGGGUGGUGUGGGGGCGCCAAAAGGCGGGCCGACGUCUCAAAGCGCAAGGUUUACGGCCAGAUUACGGCGGACUAGGCAUGCAGCUGGGUGGAUGUACCACUGGGGUCCUGAGGUCUUCUGGAGCCCUGGCUGAACCCCGGCUUCUGCUGAAGGAGAGAGGCUACACGGAAGAGGCUCUCCGAGCGGGGC